AUGGAAUUCAAGAGAAGUUUGAGAAUCGACACGACAGAUCGGCGAUGCUUUUAUCCAAAGGUCGAUUCCUGGUUGCUGGAUGGAAAUGGAGAUUGUUGUUCGUGGGACGGCGUCGAAUGUGAUGAGGUCACCGACCGAGUGAUCGCCCUCGACCUUAGUAACAGUUGUCUCUCAGGUACCAUGUGUCCCAACACCACUCUCUUUCGACUUGUUCACUUGGAGUCGCUCAAUCUUUCUUUCAACAGCUUUGACUUCUCCCCAAUCCCAUAUGGCUUUAGCAAUCUUACGAGGCUAAAAUACCUUACUCUCUCCUACUCUGACUUUUCCGGUGAAAUCCCUACUGUGCUAGCGAAUCUCUCUUCCCUGACAUCGCUUGAGCUUGGCUAUUGUGAAUUGAACGGAGAAUUUCCGGCCAACAUUUUUCAGUUGCCAAACUUGGAAGUCCUUGACAUUGCUGGCAAUAUAAACCUUUCUGGUUUUAUUCCUAGAUUGCAUUGGGGUUCUCCAUUGAAAUCCUUAGCCCUUCGCCUAACCAACUUCUCAGGCGAAAUUCCCGAUUCAAUUGGAAAUCUUAGUCUCUUGAAUGAGUUAGACGCUGAGCGUUGCUAUUUCUCGGGAUCACUUCCCUCUUCAUUGGGUAAUCUUUCUCAUCUCACUGCACUAUAUCUUUAUGAAAAUAACUUACAAGGUCCAAUCCCUAUUUCCUUUGCUAAUCUUACCGAGCUGUCAUCGCUAUUUCUCUCCUUCAAUAACUUGAGUGGUGAUACUUUGGAGUGGGUGGUCAACUUGACAAAACUUACGCAAUUGGACCUUUCAGAUAAUCGAUUAAGCGGUGGAUUUCCAUCUUCAUUUGAGAACUUGAAGCAGUUGGCUGAGCUCUACCUUUCUGACAAUGACUUGCGCGGUGAUAUUCCAAGCACAUUGUGGAAUCUGAAGGAUCUUAAAUCCCUUGACCUAGGGUCACUUAAUCUCAAUGGCAUUGUCGAGGUAAAUGAUAUAUUCAAACUUAAGAACUUGACAUACUUACGUUUGUCCUUCAACAAUAUAUCGUUCACCAAGUCAUUCAUCAAGACCACUACAUCGAAGCUUACCACCUUAAGCUUGGAUUCAUGCAACCUAACCGAGUUCCCACAAUUUAUAGGCUACUUAAGUGAAUUGGCAACAUUAGACCUUCCACACAACAUAAUUCAAGGGAUCAUUCCUAGAUGGAUAUGGAACAAUAGCAAAGAAUCUCUCACGUAUAUAGAUCUUUCUCAAAAUCUUUUAACUGGCUUUGAAAACAACCAGACUGAUCUUCCUUUGCCAAACUUAGAGUAUCUUGACAUUAGCUCUAACUUGCUAAAAACAACCCUACCUGUCCCACCCCGCUCGAUCAUGCGAUACAACAUCUCCCAGAAUUUCCUAUAUGGGGAAGUCCCAAUGACCAUUUGUGAACUGAGCACUCUUGGCGUGCUUGAUUUGUCCAAUAAUGCUCUGAGUGGCGCACUUCCUCCUUGUUUGGGUAGUAUUGGUCCUUUGUUAUUAUUGAACCUUGCAAGAAAUAAAUUUGAUGGCAAGAUUCCUUGCAUUUACCCAAGUGGUUGUGCGUUGAGGAUGAUUGACCUAAGAGAAAACCGACUAAGUGGGAUUGUUCCGAGAUCUUUAGGAAAUUGUGGAAUGUUGGAGUAUUUGAAUCUUGGUUACAACCAAAUUACCGAUACAUUCCCAUUUUGGCUAUCUGAAUUUGCCUACCUAAAAGUUAUUGGCUUGCAGUCCAAUAAGUUUUAUGGUCCCAUAGAAGGUCAUCUAAGCCGGCUUAGCUUCACCAGUUUACACAUCCUAGACCUUUCAAACAAUAGCUUCAAUGGUAAACUUCCUUCAAAGUUGUUACAAAGUUGCCGCAGCAUGAAGGAUAUCAAUGGUCAAGAAAAGUUGGCAUAUAUGCAUAUUAGUCCAUGGAUUAAUAUGUCUUUUGCUUCAGUAAGUAUGAUGACUUAUGCGAUGACAUUGAUGAAUAAGGGCACUAAAAGAGAAUAUGCAAAGAUUCCAAAUAUCCUUAUGGCAAUUGACCUCUCCAAUAACAAGUUUGAAGGUUUCAUUCCUAAACUCAUUGGUGAUCUGAAGUCUCUUCAUAUGCUCAACCUUUCAAACAACUUCCUCACUGGUAGCAUCCCUCCUUCCUUGGCAAACUUGACAGUGCUUGAAUCAUUAGAUAUUUCCCAAAACAAUCUUGUGGGAGAGAUUCCUCAACAACUAGCCAUCCUCACAUUUCUUGCGAUUUUCAAUGUCUCUCACAAUCAACUAUGGGGACCAAUACCACAUGGAACACAGUUCGACACAUUCGGGAGCAGUUCAUUUGCGAUGAAUAAGGGGUUGUGUGGAAGUCCUCUGCCAAAUAAAUGCACAAAUGGUGAUAAUGCUCCACCACCACCACCAUCAUCUUUCAAAGUAGAUCAUGAAGAAGAGUCCCUAUUCAACUUGGAUUGGAAAAUUGUGUUGGCUGGUGCUGGUGCUGGAGUUGGGUUUUUGGUUGGUGUUGUGCUAGGGAACUUGAUCAUUGACGAGAAGAGUAGGUGGUUCUUGCACUACUCCAAGAGAAUGGCAACAUUAUGGAAAAGGUGA